AUGGCAUUUCAUGCAGAUGACAACCCCAAGUACUACGUUUUGCCACCUCUGGUGACAGUACUUGGGAUCCCAGCAGAAGAGGAUGGAGGAGGGAAGGUCGACCUCAUUCUGACUGGGCCGUUUGAAGACAUGGGUGUUGUCUUCAUGGCUCACCCCGUUCAACGGGAUGUUUUAUUCAUGCUCUGUGUAUCCAUAACAGAUGUGACAGUGAAGUACCAUGGGAAGGCGUCUCAUGCUGCAGCCUACUCCUGGGACAGGUUUAAUGCCCUGGAUGCAGCCGUGCUGGCGUACGACAGCCUGUCUGUUUUGAGGCAGCAGAUAAAGCCAGACUGGAGAUUCCAUGGCAUCAUCGGACAUGAUGGAGUGAAGCCCAACAUCAUCAGGGAUUGA